AUGUUUAAGGUUUUCUCAUCCCUCGUGCUAGGGUUUCUUCUAUUUGUUGCAUCUUCGCAUGCUGCCAACAAAGUAGUGGGUGUGGGUGAGCUUUGCAAGCAAACAAAAAACCCUUCAUUUUGUUUAGGCCUUCUAAACUCAAACCCAGGUGGGAAAGACCUUGUUAGCCUUGGUCAAUACACUAUUGAUGUGGUUCGUGCCAACGCGACCAACACAAUCACUCUACUCAAAUCUUUGGUUGCAAAAAGCGGUCGUGAUCCAAAGGCAAACGCCCAUUACAAGAAGUGCUUAGAACAUUUUGAGUCCGAUGAGGGCGUUCUUGGUGAUAUUCAAGACACUCAAGAGGCUUUGAAGAGUGGAGAUUAUCUUGGUGUGAAUGUGCAUGCAAGUGCUCUCUUAGAUGAAGUUGAUGAUUGCAUUUCAGGGGAGUCUCCGGGUGAAUCCCCUUUUCCUGAUCGCUCGUUACUUCCUAAAUAUGGUGGUGUUAUGCAGCAAAUUACAAGCAUUAUCCUUGUCAUAUCAAAAUAUUUGGCAGCUUGA